UCCGUGUGGAAACUUUACCGGCUCGGGUGCAAAGUUUCAGCCGUCUGCAAAUCGAAGUGUAUAGUCAACGUAUUAGGAAAAUGCUGCUGUGCUCUUAUAAUAGGUGAAUCACAGUCUGACCGUGUCGUACCUGUGACAAGGAAAGUCGAAAUAUUGUCAGCUAGAUGACGAAUUGUGAGUAUACCGUUGAUCAAUAACGACGUGGACUCGAUACGUGCUGGAAUCACAGUGAUUUAGCCAGCUAGCUAGACUAGCUAACCGCUUCAUUGACGCGCAUUGUGUUCUUCAAGAAAGCCUGUUAGCUGUUUACUAGGGCUGAGAGCUAGCAGCAGACGAGUUUCAGAGAGACAUAUCAGUACGAUGGGGGAAAUGGCUUGUGAGCCUAACCGUGUUCGGCUCCUAUGCAUGCUUUCAUUGACUUUUGGAUUUUUCAUUGUGGAAGUGGUCGUAAGCCGGAUCACUGCAUCUCUGGCCAUGCUUUCGGACUCGUUUCAUAUGCUAUCCGAUGUCAUAGCGCUGCUCGUGGCUUUGAUUGCUGUGCGUUUUGCCGAGAAAACUCAAGCGACGAAUAAGAACACAUUCGGAUGGAUCCGGGCAGAAGUGAUGGGGGCUUUGGUCAACGCCGUCUUCCUCACAGCUCUUUGUUUCACAAUAAUCUUAGAGGCUAUCGAGCGUUUCACAGAGCCACAUGAAAUUGAGAAGCCCGAGGUAGUCAUCGGUGUUGGGGCCGCAGGUCUCCUGGUGAAUCUUCUUGGGCUCUGCUUGUUCCACGGACACGCGGGCGGUGGACAUGGCCAUUCUCACGGAGGUCAUUCCCACGGAAGUAAGAAAAACAAAAGGGGUAAAAUAUGCAAGUCUGAAAGACCUUCGGGCGAGGAGACCAACAACCUGGUGGGACAUCAUAACAGUCCCAAUGGCAUGAAUACCGACAUACGUAGACAUGAGACCAACUACAGCGAGAGCCAGAUGAAUGGCAUGGCUGCAUACGAGGAGCUGGACCAUGACACUGGCUCCCUCAAUAUGCGCGGCGUGUUCCUACACGUGCUGGGCGACGCACUGGGCUCCGUCAUUGUGGUGGUCAACGCCCUUAUCUUCACCUUUGUCUGGAAGCCGUGUCGCACCGGGGAGGCCUGCUACAACCCCUGCAUCAACACCCACACUACAGACCACCAGCACGUCAACCACACCCUGGUGGACCUGCUCCACGGGGCCAACGGGACGGGUGUGGCACACAUGGAGGCCGGGCCCUGCUGGGUGCUCUACCUGGACCCUACUCUCUGCAUCAUCAUGGUGUGCAUCCUGCUGUACACCACAUACCCCCUGCUGAAAGAGUCGGCCCUGAUCCUGCUUCAGACCGUGCCCAAGCAGAUCAACAUGCAUCGGCUCAACGAGCGCCUGCUCAGCCUGGAGGGCGUGCUGGCCAUCCACGAGCUGCACAUCUGGCAGCUGGCCGGCAGCCGCAUCAUCGCCACCGCCCACAUCAAGUGCCAGGACCCCACCUCCUACAUGGAUGUGGCCAAGCGCAUCAAGGACUUCUUCCACGAUGAGGGCAUCCACGCCACCACCAUCCAGCCUGAGUUUGUCACCUUCAACUCAGAGUCGCGCGCCUCCCUGUGUGAGCUUUCCUGCCGGACUCAGUGCGCGCCCAAGCUGUGCUGUGGCGCUGGUGAGAAGCCGGGCGCCGCCGCUGCCGUGGCGGGCCUGGAGAAGACGGCCAACAUGGAGGGUGACACAGCGCCUGCCUUGGCCCUGGAGGUGAUCAGUGAGAGCCAGGAGCAGGCGUCAGCUGUCAGGGUGGGGCCCCGGACGGAACAAGAGGUCAUCAUCACCAGAGAGGUGGAGUCAUCUCUGUGAGUCAAAUGGAAAGACUGUAGAGGGCUAGAAUCACUAGGCAGAUGUUUCAAAUGGGUUGGCGCUCAGCCACAGACGGGCUUGUCUUCUGUUGUCUUGAGGGGCAUUGGUCAGAGAAUGACUUCAAGAUGCUCGGAUGAAGAAGCCUUCUUUUCCUGAGCCCCACCCCCCCACUUCUACUGCCCCCUUAAUGGCAGGAGCAGUCAGUCCCCACCCACCUCAGACACACACACACUCACUCCUCAACCACGCUGGCGCUCCUUCCUCACUAGUGCCCAGGCAGCGUCAGUGUUGCUAAGUCACUCGAGUGCUGUCCGCUGCAUGCAUGUCCCUCAUUCACACCGUGAUGCAGCUCUCCGUCCCAUGAUGAAUCUGUGCCAAAGCUUCUCACUGCAGGACCAAAGGGACAGGAGACACUGCUUCACACGGACAGCAAGGAAACAAUUACAAUACAUGCAAGUCAAUGCACACCGGGCUUUACAAGUACAGUAGUAGGUUGUCGUUUAGUUUUCCCAAAUUGGCAUUUGAAUCGUUUUUUCAUUGCCUUUCACUUGCCCCAAAUACAAAAUUAUUGUAUUACAAAUAAUUUAUGUAUUUAAGUUAUUAGUAAUUAUGUAUUUCUCUCUGUAGAAACUUUUAUAAUAUUUAGUUUUGAUGAUAGCAUUUUUGUUGCAAUUUUCUGCCUAUUUGACAAACCAUCUAUGCUGUGGACCUUUCUGAAAUGUAAUGUUUUCCAAUGAUGAACUUUUCCGCUUUUUAUUUUUGUUUUAUUCUUUCCUUUGCCUUGACAGAGUUUUAAUGGUAGUUAUAACAUGCAGAAACUUUGUCUAUACCUCUUUCAUCGUGGCUUUUAAACUGCUUUCAUUUGACUGAGAACAGUUAAAAACAUCACGAAGGAUGAUGUAGUUGGUCCUUUCAGGCAAAUUCAACCUUAAUGUACAUCAAAUAUCAUUGCUGCCUUGUGAGGGUGUUGAGCUAUAAAAAAUAGCACUGUUCACAAAUAUUUGAACAAUACUCUUGUUUAAAUGUAUGCUGGUGGCCAUUUGGAUGGCGGUUGACUUCAAAUACUAUUCCUCAUGAAUGUGUUGGGGAAGGGACCUUGUUGAAAUCCAUGCUGAAGAUUUUUACUUUUCAGGAGACAUUGUGCCACUGCAUUGUUGCAUGACCAAACUGAUGGGUGUAAUUUACACCCCCAGAGUUUCACAUCAAGCUCAAAAGUGCACACACGCUGGUAUUUUUCAACAGUUCAAUGAUAGAUUUUCAAAUGGAAUGGGACAAAGCUUGUCUCUGCUUUCGGCUGUGUGUGAUGAUUUAAAAGUCAUAUUGGUGGCCUUCUAUAUGGUAGACAAACUCAUCAUUCCCAUUUAACUGUUGUUAUUUCAUCAGCACCAUUUGACUGUUGAUUUAUGAAUAUAUUUCCGGUCAGAUUUCCACUAAAAGUAAAUGUGUAUGCAAGAUUCUUUUUUCGAAAUGUAUGGUUACUUUCAUUUUGUCUUGAGCUCUUCAUGUGCAAAUUGAAACGUGUUAUGGAUUUUAGGUAUUACAUUUCAACUGAGCGUGUGUAUGUAUGUAUAUAUACAAACACACACAAUACCUGUUGUGUCAUUGUGAAAAUAAAACAUUGCUGCUUGGUUCAGUAGAAUAAGGGUUUUGUGUGAU